CACGGGGGCUUGGAGGAUACUUUGAGGGCAACGCUUUUGGGGGGAAUAAUUAGCAGUCAUGAAGCUGUUGGAGAGCACUCGUUUCGAGGCCAUCAAUAAUGCAUUGUGCAUUAAGACUGGAGAUAGUAAAAUCAUUGGAAGGAUUGAGAGUUACUCCUGUAAAAUGGCUGGUAAUGAUAAACAACUGUACAAGAGGUUCAAUGCUGAGCAAGGAGUUACUCCGCAUGACCUUCAGGCAUUAUCACCACCACAAACGUCCCUUGGCACAUCACCAGCUCAAAGUUACUUCAGCCGCAGUAUCUCGGGUGAUGAGGACGGGCCACUCUGUGAUACAAUAAGCCGCAAGACUCUGUUCUAUCUCAUAGCGACACUCAACUCAGCAUUUCACCCGGAUUAUGAUUUCUCAGACGCUAAGAGCCAUGAGUUUAGCAAAGAACCAAGUCUACAGUGGGUCAUGAAUUCGGUUGACAGCAAUCUCAGUGCUACUGCUGGAGAUCACUAUCGCACCUUGAGAUCAGCACUCUGGGCUGCUGUUGAGGAUGAGAUAUCCAUGAGCGAAUGUGAUAUUUACAGCUACAAUCCAGACCUAGCAUCAGAUCCGUUUGGCGAGGAUGGUUGCCUCUGGUCAUUCAAUUACUUCUUUUACAAUAAAAAACUCAAGAGAAUCGUUUUCGUCACUUGCAGAGCUAUAAAUCCCCUCUACAGCUUAGACUCCGGUGUCGGUUCUGAUUUCGCAAUGGAUGAGGAUGAAGACGACAGUUACUAGAUAACUACCGAUAACUCAAUUAUACUUAGUCUCUGUUAUUGGUUUCCUCCACAGGUAGACAAAUAUCGCAGCCCAAUGAUAUUUUUGUUAUCAAAUUUGAUUGAAUAUUUCCUGUCUGAUAUAUUCUCAUGUAACUCUCCUCUUUGCUCAGAGAUAAUGAAAAGAUUGUUGAAGAAGUGGGGAACGGUAAUCAGUGAAAAUUUAUGUUUUUGUCAUUAUUGUCUGGAAAACAAGAGGUUUCAGACAAAAAUAUCAAUAAACUUUAGAAAUUUCGUAUGACUAACCACAUAAGUCGAGUGACGUGGUAUCUUUAUCUGCGAAUUUCCAACAGAAAAUAUUUUUUGAUAUUUUUCACCUGGAAAACCUCAUCAUCAAGAUGAAUUAAAAAAUUCGAUUGUUAUUUAUCUCAAACAAAAAAAGUCAUUCUGAAAACAAGUUGGAAACCUUUCUUAUUCCAGCCAUUUAAAUUUUGUUGAGAAAGUUUGAAAGUCUAAAAGAAUAUAUUAGAGAAUUGCCAGUAGAAAAGAUUUUCGAAUGUUUUUUCUCCUUGAAAUUCUCGUUAUAAAGAUAAAAUGAAAAAUGUAAUUUUUAUUUAUCUAAAAAAAUAAAUAACUCUGGGAGAAA